AUGGACGACGGCUACGAUGUGCCUGACGCCACAGACUGGCUCGAGACGCCUCUCAAGGACUUUGCCAGCCUAGAAACCGCACUUCACUGCCAAAUAUGCAAGGAGUUCUACGACACACCGAUGAUCACAUCAUGCAACCAUACUUUCUGUUCGAAGUGCAUACGAACCUCACUUUCUGCGGAUGGGAAGUGUCCAGCGUGUCGAGGUCCAGAUCAAGCAAGCAAGUUGCGCAAUAAUUGGGCGGUGCAAGAGGUGGUGUCGACAUUCAUCACAGCAAGGCCGGCAGCUUUACAGGUGGCGAGGAAGGCACUGGAAGAGGAAGGCCAGAAGAAGUCUGGGAAGCGAAAACGACCAGUCGUCCUGGACUCAGAAGAUCUCGUCGAGGUAGAGGGCCCGGCUCGAGCAACAAGAAGCAAGAGCAGGCGCAUUGCGGCAUCACAAGAAUCACAUACGGAGGCUAUCGAGAUUGAGGACAGCGAGGAUGGGGAAGAGGACUACAGAUCCGGCACGCCGGCGGACGAUGGCUUAGUCGCCUGCCCGCUCGAAUGUGGGAAGCGCAUGAAGGCUGAGGAGGUAUUCUUGCAUCUGGACAAAUGCGAAGACGAGAAGAAGCAGCGAAGCAAGAAAGCGUCCCAGCCUUCUGUGAAAGCGUUUGGGGCCACGCGGCCGCCGUCAAGUCAGGAUACACGACCUCAAGAUCGCAUCAAUGAGCUCAAUUACUCUAUGCUCAAGGAGACUGCAUUGACAAAGAAGCUCAAAGAUGCGGGGAUCCCUAGUUGGGGUGCCAGACAGGGCAUGAUCAGUCGACAUCGAGAAUGGGUGAACAUAUGGAACGCAAAUUGCGAUUCUACACGACCUCGGACGAAACGGGAGCUACUACACGAUCUCGACGUAUGGGAGCGCACACAGGGUGGGAAAGCACCGACCGCCCAGGGUUUGAGCAGCAGCAUCAUGCGAAAGGAUUUCGACGGCGAUGCAUACUCCAAGCGGCACCAUGACGAGUUCAGCAGGCUGAUAGCGGACGCAAAACGCAAGAAAGCAGUUCCAGCGCCAGAUCCAGCUGUUUCGAAAGGGAUAGACGAGUCCGAGAUUCAAGAUGAGCAUAGCAUGCGUACGCAGCCCCGCGCUAUUCCCACGCACCUUCAGAUGAACGAGACAAAGAAGGUGCCCAUGUUCCAAGUGCCGGAGCAGCCAUUGUCGGAUCUCGACGGUGGCUCCACCAGUGUGGGCUCAUGA